CUGCCCCUCAGACACUAAGCUGAGGAGAGGAGCAAGUCCCUCUGUCACUGGUUGUGCUUCUGGUCACUUCAUCUGGGACCUCAGCCCUGGGGUGGACGCACAGGCCAGCAGUGGCUGACAGGCCAUCAUGGCGACCAGUGGGAAGCCAGAGGAGGAGCAGGUGGUUCCAGGCGAGGAAGAUGAAGCUGACGUAAGGGCAGUGCAGGCGCGCUACCUCCGGAGCCCUUCACCCAGCCAGUGCUCAAUGAUCUCUGACGCGGAAACUGAGAGCAUCUUCAUGGAGCCCAUUCACCUCUCCUCUGCUGUUGCUGCCAAACAGAUCAUCAGUGAAGAACUUAAGCCUCGGGGACUCCCAGCAGACACAGAGUGUCCAGGCAUGCUGGAGUCUGCCGAGCAGCUGCUGGUGGAGGACCUAUACAACCGUGUGAAGGAGAAGAUGGAUGACACCAGUCUGUACAACACUCCUUGCGUGCUGGAUCUGCAGCGGGCUCUGGUCCAGGAUCGCCAGGAGGCCCCCCGGAACGAGGUGGAUGAGGUCUGGCCCAACAUCUUCAUAGCUGAGAAGAGUGUAGCUGUGAACAAGGGGAGGCUGAAGAGGCUCGGUGUCACCCACAUCCUGAAUGCUGCACAUGGUGCUGGUGUCUAUACCGGUCCCGAAUUCUACUCUGGCCUGGAGAUCCAGUACCUGGGAGUGGAAGUAGAUGACUUUCCAGAGGUGGAUAUCUCUCAACAUUUCCGGAAGGCUGCUGAGUUCCUUGAUGAAGCACUGCUGACCUACAGAGGGAAAGUCCUGGUCAGUAGUGAAAUGGGCAUCAGUCGGUCAGCAGUGCUGGUGGCCGCCUACCUGAUGAUCUUCCACAACAUGGCCAUCCUGGAGGCCCUGAUGACCAUGCGCAAGAAGCGUGCCAUCUACCCCAAUGACGGCUUUCUGAAGCAGCUGCGGGAGCUCAAUGAGAAGCUGAUGGAGGAGAGGGAAGAGGACGAUGGCAGGGAGGAGGGAGUGGAUGACACGGAGGAGGGCGAGGAUUCAGGGAGCACGUUUGGGGCCAGAAUGCACGACCUGAUGGUGGAGGAGGAGGAUGACACCGCCAGCCACCUGAGCCACCUGAGCAGCUCCUCCUUGGGGAAGGCCAGCCAGGCCUCCCGGCCACUCACCCUCAUUGACGAAGAGGAGGAGGAGAAACUGUACGCGGAGUGGAGGAGGCAGCAGGGCCUGCCCACAGGCAGGGCCACGCAGAGUGGGGAGACCAGGUGCCCUGCGGCCUCUGGCCAGGAUGGGGAUGAGUGCGAGGACGAGGACGAGGAUGUGAAGAGGAUCAUCCAGGAGUGGCAGAGCCGGAACGAGAGGUACCAAGCCGAAGGGCACCGGCAGUGGGGCAGGGAGGAACAGGAGGAAGAGGAGGAGAGUGACGCGGACUCCUUCGUGAGGCGCAUCCGCAGACGCACCCUCAGUGAGUGCAGCACCUCGGAGAGCGUGAGUAGCCAGGACAUCCGGGUGUUGAAGCAGCAGCUGGAGAGGAGCAACCAGAGACGAGGUGGGAGGCGCCGCUCAGACUCCGCAUCCUCCGAGAGCACCUGGGACGCGUGGAACGAGCGGUUGCUGGAGAUCGAGAAGGAGGCCGCCCGCAGAUACCACUCCCGGAGCAGGAGGGAGGAGAGGGGCGCAAGCCCAGAGGUUGGGAGCCGGCUGCGGGAGGAUGAUGAGGACAGCGUGAGCUCAGAAGCCAGCUCCUUCCAUAAUUUCUGCAGCAGGAACAAGGAGAAGCUCACCGCCCUGGAAAGGUGGAAGAUCAAGAGGAUCCAGUUUGGAUUUCACAAGAAAGACUCCGAGGCGGGGGAGGGCAGCAGCGAGCAAGGUGCUCAGGGAGAAGAGGGGGAGAAGACCCUCUCGGAUGUCAACCUGACAGCCUACCAGGCCUGGAAGCUGAAACAUCAGAAGAAAGUGGGCAGUGAGAACAAGGAAGAGGUGGUGGAGAUGAGUAAGGCGGAAGUCGCAGCCUCGGCCAAGAAGAGGCAGCGCAGGCUGGAGCUCCUGGAGCGGAGCAGACAGACGCUGGAGGAGAGCCAGUCCAUGGCGAGCUGGGAGGCGGGCAGCUCAGUGGCCAGCGGGAGCAUCCCCCUGUCUGCGCUGUGGUCUGCGGCUUCCUCGGUCAGUGCGGAUGGGGACAACACAUCAGUGCUCAGCUCCCAGAGCCACCACUCCCACCUGUCCCAAGCUACAAGCAACAUAGGACCACGCUCAACCUCCACACCCACACCUCCCCUGCCCAACCUACCUGUGGGGCCGGGGGACACCAUUUCCAUUGCCAGCAUCCAGAACUGGAUUGCCAGUGUAGUCACCGAGACCCUUGCCCAGAAGCAGAAUGAAAUGCUGCUGUUGUCUCGCCCACCGUCUGUGGCAAGCUCGAGGGCAGCACCAGCGGCCAGCUGCCUGGGGGACGACCAGGUGUCCAUGCUCAGUGGACAGAGCAGCUCCUCCCUGGGGGGCUGCCUGCUGCCACCCAGCCCAGCCAGAGCCAACUGUGACACACAGUCUGUGCUGUCUUCCAGCUCUGCGCUGAGCUCAAGGGCCCAAGGCACUGGGAACAGUGUGAGAGAGACCAGCAAGCCCCUCUACAGCCUGUUUGCUGACAAUGUGGACCUAAAGGAGCUGAGCCGAAAGGAGAGGGAGAUGCAGGUGGAACUGAGGGACAAGAUGUCAGAGUACAAAAUGGAGAAGCUGGCUUCAGACAAUAAACGCAGUUCCCUUUUCAAGAAGAAGAAGAAAAUCAAAGAAGAUGAGGAUGAUGGUGUGGACCACAAAGAUGAGGACAUAGACAGUGCCAUCGGGAGUUUCCAGUAUUCCUCCCGCAGUAAUUCCCAGAAGCCUGAAAUGGAUACUUCCUCCUCCCUGGCUGUCUCUGAUCACUAUGGAAAUGGCAAAGACAGGGAUAGUAGCAUUAGUAAAUGGCUCCAUGGUCUAGGGACAGAGGAAAGAUCUUCUCCCCAGAGUGACUGGUCUGGAAGCUCCAGGGGGAAGUACACCAGAUCGUCCUUGCUCCGGGAAACUGAGUCUAAAUCUUCAAGUUACAAGUUCUCCAAAUCCCAGUCACAGGAGCAGGAUACCUCCUCCUACUCUGAGGCCGAUGGCAGCUCGGUAAGAAGCACCUCACGGUUCACUUCUUCAUCUACCAGGGAGGGCAGAGAGGUGCACAAGUUCUCCAGGUCCACAUUCAGUGAGACCACAAGCUCUCGAGAGGGGAGCCCAGAACCCUACUUCUUCCACCGGACCCCAGAGCCCUCCCAAGGGGAAGAAUCUCCGGAGACCUCACGUGGCAGUUGGGCCAGGCCCAGCAACUGGGAAGAUGUAGAAGAGUCAUCCAAGUCAGACUUUUCUGAAUUUGGAGCCAAGAGGAAAUUCACCCAGAGCUUCAUGAAGCCUGAAGAGGAGGGGGAGAAAGAGAGGAUGGAAAACAGAGAAGAAGCAAGGUUUGCCUCUGGACGGCGGUCCCAGUAUCGGAGGAGCACCGACAGAGAGGAAGAAGAAGAAAUGGACGAUGAAGCCAUCAUCGCUGCCUGGAGACGCCGGCAGGAAGAAAGUAGGACUAAGCUGCAGAGGAGGAGGGAGGACUGAGGGGGCUGGCCAGCAGGGUGAGACGGCACUGCCUCGCCUGGGCUGAGGACACAUUGCUGUACCCAUCAAGGGUUGACGAUGCAGACCUGAAAGUGGAGGGGGACUGGAGGUACAGUCAAGAAGAGGAGGAAAGGAGAGGAGCUGACAAUGUGAGGUCGAAAUGCUAGACCAGCUAACACUGUUUAUUGCUCCAAAUCCUGUUGGUUUGGGUGCUUCUCUUAUGUAUUUGAUAGUGUCCAUCCUUGGCUAGAGAAGCUAACUUGCCAAGAAAGACUCUAUAGGGUACUGGAGACUUUCGCUUAUACCUGGGAAAGCCACGAAGGCAGAAUGUGGUUCUGUUUGCAGAGGUUGUAUAACCAGACUUCGAAAACUUAGCCUGUAGCAGAUCUGACCUCUCCUGGCCAUGCUUAGCUCUGAUUAUUUCUUUUUAAUGUUUUGCAUCUUUAUUAAACUGGUAUGCUGUCAGUA